CAUGGGUUUGGUUUUGUCCACAAGUUCACAUGUCUCUUCAUAUAACCCUUUUCCUGACUUUUUGUGUGGACAGAAUUUCGACAAGGCUUAAAAUCUCUGAUCAUGGAUCUCUCUUCACAUGUCUUCAGUUCUUUUGUCGGGUUUCUCACAGGGCCUUCGAAUCGGCGGAAUCUGCGACUGAGAGGAUGGAUAAAAGCGUUCAUCGUGUUUUCGGUAUUAUCAGAGAUCGCAAUCUGUCAAACUCCUCCAGAAUCAGAACAAGCAUUACAGUUGCAUUACCAAGAUCAACAUGUGGUUAUGGAUAACGGCAUUCUUCAAGUAACUUUGUCGAACCCCGAAGGAUUCGUUACAGGAAUUCAGUACCAUGGAAUCUCCAAUGUGCUCGCAUACAACGGCUCAGAACAUGAUCGAGGAUAUUGGGAUUUGGUCUGGAACUUUCCAGGGAAAACAACAAAGGUCACAAAAGGCACAGUGGACAGGAUUGAAGCAACUAAGCUCGAAGUGAUUGUACAGAACGACGAACAGAUCGAGCUUUCUUUUACGAGGACGUGGAAUUCAUCAUUGGAUAAAGCUGUUCCCGUGAAUAUAGACAAGAGGUUUGUGAUGCUGAGAAAUUCGUCGGGUUUCUACACUUACGCCAUCUUCGAGCGUCUGGAAGGGUGGCCCGCCGUGGAAGUCGACAAUAUCAGAAUAGCAUUCAAGCUCAACGAGGACAAGUUUCAUUACAUGGCGAUAUCGGAUGAAAGGCAAAGGUACAUGCCCCUGCCCGAAGAUCGGGUUCCUCCCCGAGGUCAAGCCUUGGCUUACCCCGAAGCAGUUUUGCUCAUCGACCCUAGAGAGCCCGAGUUUAAAGGAGAGGUGGAUGACAAGUACGCAUACUCGAUGGAAAGCAAAGAUCUCAAAGUUCAUGGAUGGAUAAGCACAAACGACUCGGUAGGUUUCUGGCAAAUCACUCCAAGCAACGAGUUUCGGUCUGCAGGACCGCUCAAGCAGUUCCUCAACUCUCAUGUCGGUCCUACACAUCUCACGAUCUUCCAUAGUACGCAUUAUGUGGGGAAAGAGCUUAUAAUAAGCUUCGAGGAAGGUGAGGCAUGGAAGAAAGUUUUCGGACCGGUCUUCGUUUAUCUCAAUUCAUUUCCACAAGGAGUUGAUCCUCUUCUGCUUUGGAAUGAAGCCAAAAACCAGACAAGGAUUGAAGAACAGAUGUGGCCAUACGAGUUCCCAACUUCUGGGGAUUUCCCGGGCUCUGAUCGACGUGGCAGUGUUACCGGUAGAUUCCUUAUUAGUGACCGAUAUAUAAGUAGUGAGUAUAUAUCGGGAAACGGCUCGUACGUCGGAUUGGCUGCACCCGGAGAUGUUGGGUCGUGGCAAAAAGAAUGCAAAGGCUAUCAGUUUUGGACAAAGGUGGAUGAAAAUGGACAUUUCUUAAUAAAAAAUGUGAGAAGUGGCAAAUACAACAUAUACGGAUGGGCUUCGGGAUUCAUCGGCGAUUAUCAUAAUGACACUGUCAUCGACAUUGCUUCAGGUUCAAAUAUUGACAUUGGGGAACUAAUAUAUGAACCACCGAGAGACGGUCCAACUAUUUGGGAAAUUGGAGUUCCGGACAGGACCGCGGCGGAAUUCUACAUUCCGAAUCCGGAUCCGAGAUACACAAACAAACUGUAUAUGGACCACGAUCGAUUCCGGCAGUACGGUCUGUGGGAAAGAUAUACGGAGUUAUAUCCCGACCAAGACCUGGUCUUCGACGUUGAUGCUGAUGAUUAUACCAAAGAUUGGUUCUUCAUGCAAGUCACGAGAAAGGUGGGGGAGGGAGGAUAUAACGGAACGACAUGGCAAAUCAAGUUUAAAUUGGAUAAAGUGGUGAACGAAACAUCUUCCUCCUACAAACUCCGAAUCGCUUUGGCCACCGCUAAUGUUGCCGAGCUACAGGUACGAGUAAACGAUCCGAAGACGCCGUUGUUGUUCACGACGGGGGAGAUGAUACGUUUUGAAACAAGGAUUGAAGAACAGAUGUGGCCAUACGAGUUCCCAACUUCUGGGGAUUUCCCGGGCUCUGAUCGACGUGGCAGUGUUACCGGUAGAUUCCUUAUUAGUGACCGUAAUGGGAUACAUGGGGUGUACUGGCUGAACAGCGUGGACGUCCCCUCCUCCUCUCUGCUCCGAGGCAACAACACCAUCUUCCUCACCCAGCCGCUUGCCGUCAGCCCCUUCCAAGGCCUCAUGUACGACUACAUCCGCCUCGAGUCCCCUGAUCCUCUCUACCACAUCACCAUCUCUUGAUUCCUUCACCUCACCUACUAACCCCGUUCGCAUAGAUAGAUUGACACACGCAUUCUUUUGUUGUUCUUUUAACUUGUUGGUUGGGGGAAGUAUUAGUACGAUUCACAAACAGCAGUGUCAUCAUGAUCAUCCACCGCCACCAUCCUUUGUUAAAACAAAUGAAUCUAAAUUCCAAUAAAAAAAAAAAAGGAUGAGAUUCUGAUUCU